AUGCAUCGGAGAAUUUUAUACGCGGAGCACGCUCUGUCGGGGGAAGGGGCGGAAGACAAUGCGGAAGAGGCGCGAAUUCGAGCUGCGCUCCAGGCGGCGCUGCAGCUCACAUGGUCGCGGAAGGUGAAGGCCGUAGCGCACAUGGAGAGGAGUGAGAGCAGGGAGCGGGGACUGUGCAUGGCAGUGAGGCGAUUCCACGCCACCUGCCUCUUCAUAGGCCUGCGCAAGCGGCAGCUAUGGGGUUCAGGCGAGGCGGCAGUGGUGUCGCACUGUGCAUCGCACCUUCCCCCAGGGCUGCACAUCAUGGUGCUACAGCAGGGCAGCAGGAAGAUGAAGCACCUCGUCGCCUCCUCCCACCGCACGCUCUCUCUCUCCGACCCUCGCUCAGUGCCCCUCUCCCCCAACAAGCCCGCCCACGCAGCCGCAGCAUGCAGCGAUGAGUUUCGUCUGCACCCUGCUGCCUUCUCCCCCCCCGCCGAGCCUACUGGUUUCACGUCACCCAAGCCUGCAGGUUUGACUGUACCCGAGCCUGCAGGGGUGAUUCCACCCGAGCCUGCUUGUUUGGGUGAGUCGAAGGGGGGUGGAGAGGGCGGAGGAGGCGUGGACGAAAUGGGCCAUUUGGAGGUUAGAAUUGGGAUGGAUCAUGCCGAAGUUUCACGCACUUCUAAUGCUGCUGCACUGGCUGUUGGUGGUGGUGUCAGCAGUGGUGGCGGAACCGGUGAUGCUGUUGCUUCAGGUGCUUCAGGUGCUUCGACACUCCCUGAGCAGGUGCACUCCCCCUCAGCAGCCGUGUCAGCAUCGGGCAAGCGAGGCUCACACUUCACAGCAGCCAGAAUGGCUGGCUUGGUGUUCCCCCACCCAGGCAGUUCAAGCCUGCUCUCCUUUGCAGAUCUCCCCGCGGCACGCUCUGUCUCUGGCUUCACCCGUUCCCACAGCUCCACCAGCACUAGCAACCAGCAGCCGCCCUCCCGCCCGCCAACCGUCCCCACCUAUCCGCAUUUCUCUGUCUCCGUGCCCUCCGGGCCCCCACCCUCCCCGCCUCCCCUCUCCGCCACCACGCCCACCUCGCCCUAUGCGCUCUGGCCGCCCUCCCCCUGGAGCCCGUCUGUCCCCGCCUCGCCUUUCUCCUCCUCCUCACCGCUCUCCACUCCUGGCAAUGCUCGCGAGUUCACCCGCGGGGGGUCUUUUGGCGGCUCUAGUGCGUCUACCUCGCCUGGUGGUGCUGCUGGUGCUGCUACAGGUGAUGAUGGUGGUAAUGCUGCUGGUGGUUCAGCAGCAGGAGCUGCAGCAGCAGCAGGCAUACCGCAGUCGCGCAUGCUUGUGAAUUCCCGCACGUUGAGUCGAGGCAAGAGAGCCAUGCAGCUCGCGGCUGCCAAUGCGGCACCCACCGCCGGCCCUCUUGCCGCCGCCGCCGCUGCUGCUGCUGCUGCUGCUGCUGCUGCUGCUGCUGCCCCUCCGGGAGCUGUUGUCGCAGGUGCAGCUGCCGCUGCUGCUCGUGCGGGCGAUGGCACGGCUGCAGCAGGGCUCGUGACAGAAAGAGCGUCCCAGGGACACAGAGGAGGGGGAGGAGAAAGGGGCAGAGGGAGGGAGGGCGAGGGAAGGAGAGGGGAGAAGGGGGUGAGAAGCGCGAUGAGUGGUGAGUUAAGUCCGAGGGAGUUGGACGUGGAGGGUGUGUGGGGUCCCAAGGAGCGCGCGUUUGAGUCGACUCAACAGCUGGAGGUGGAGGGUGUGUGGGCGUCGUUCAGAGAAAAGGGGGCCUUGGCUACUCUUGCACCAAUCCUUGGCCUCGUGCACAAGGGAGCAGGUGGAGGAGGAGGGGGAGGUGGAGGAGGAGGGGGAGGAAAAGGGGGGGUUGAUUUUGUGGGAAGAGGUGGGAGCCGGCAGGGAGGGAGGGACGGAGGGAGUGAGGUGCGGUUGGGUGCGUUGCAGAGGAUGCUGGAGGAGCGACGGGCGGAAGCUGCACGGGCAGAGGAGGCAGCGAGGGAGGCGAGAGAGAGGGUGCGAGAGAUGGUGGAGGAGGUAGAACUGGAAAAGGCGAGGAUAGAAGCUGACAGGGAAAGGCAGCAGCAGCAGCAGCAGCAGCAGCAGCAGCAGCAGCAGCAGCAGCACAAGGCGCCUGGGUCUGGGCCGCUCAAACCCGUGACGAGCAAUGCGUUUGAGCGAUCACCUUCCGAGUCCUGGCCCCCUGCCCCAUCUCCAUCAUCGCUCGCCCGCCGCCCCUUCUCUCCUUCACCUGCUACCACCAGUGCUGCUCCUGCUGCUCCUCCUGCUGCUAUGAUGGCUCCAGGGGGCGAUGAGGGGGGCCGGUGGUUGCGGUCGGAGCUCCUGCUAGGCUCGGAUGAUGGCGAGGCGAAUGACUUUAGCUUUGGCAGGGUUGUGAGACCCAGUGCUGCUGCUGCAACAGGUGGAGAGGACGACUACUGUGAUGACCCCGACCAGGAGCAUCACAGCAUGGCGAGUGACAGCAGCACGUGCUCCUCAUUCAACUCAGCGGAGUUUCUCCGCAAGCCUGACACCACAGCCAGCUCCCCUCGCAGCAACCCCUCCAGCUCUGCUGCCCACACAACAGCAAGCGGCGGCGGGGGAGGAGGGGGCGGGUCAGCAGCAGGAGCACCCCCGGACGAGUCUUCCGACUGCCGCCGCUUCACGCUCGACCAGCUUCGGGAGGCCACCAACGGCUUUUCCGAGGCCAACAUGCUGGGUCGGGGGGCGUUUGGUCCGGUGUUCCGGGGGCAGCUGUACGGGUGUGAGGUGGCAAUCAAGAAACUAGAAGCUGGGAGCGAGCAAGGGCCGGCAGAAUUCCGCACAGAGGUGGAGGUGCUGAGUCGCGUGCGGCACCCCAAUAUAGUGCUGCUCAUGGGGCAGUGUCCUGAAGAGGCUUGUAUCGUGUAUGAGUUCAUGUCUGGCGGGGAUCUGCAGCACAGGAUUGUAGCCGGCUCUUCACCUGCCAAAAUUGUAGCAGGAGCAGGAGCAGGGUCUGGUGGUGCUGCUGCUGGUGGAGGAGUGGCUGGAGGAGGAGGGGCACCGGUGGUGGCCCUGGACAAGCCGCGAGUCAUCCCGCUCUCCUGGUCCGAUCGCCUGCGCAUUGCAGCAGAGAUCUCCGGUGCGCUGCUGUUCCUGCACCGGCACGACCCGCCCAUCCUGCACCGCGACUUAAAGCCCGACAACAUCCUACUCGACGCCAACGGCACCAGCAAGAUCGCCGACGUGGGGCUUGCAAGGCUCAUCCCCGGGGAUGAUGGGCUGGGGCAUGUGACUUGGAAGGUGCGGGGAACUGCGGGGUAUAUCGAUCCUGAGGAGCUGAGCACGGGACAGCUGUCGGUGAAAUCGGAUAUCUAUGCGUUUGGGCUGAUUGUGCUGCAGCUGCUGACGGGAAAGCGGAAUGUGAAGCACCUGCAUCGCAUGCUGGAGGACAGCGGCAGCAGCGGCGGUGGCGGUCACGGGGAAGCCCGGGACAUGAACAGAGUCCUGGCUGUGGUAACCAGCAACCUGGAUCCCAACGCAGGGCGCUGGCCACUCGGGUUGGUGGAGCGGGUGGUGCGGGUGGCGGCGCGGUGUGUGGAGCGCAAGAGAGUGCACCGGCCGGACCUGCGCACGGUGGUGCACCCCGUGCUGGCAGAUGUGGCUCGGCUGGCGGCAGAGGAGAAGGCGAGGAGGACUGCGGAGAUCGAGGGCCAGUUGCUGUGCCCGCUGUCGCAGGAGCGCAUGACAGAUCCUGUGGUGGCAGCAGACGGAUUCACCUAUGAGCGCCGCAGCAUUGCUGAUUGGCUGUCAUCACACACUACCUCUCCGCUGACUGGAGAGCACAUGCCGCACUCUCUUCUCACUCCCAACUACCUUCUUGCCCGCAUGCUUAACAACUUGUAG